AUGAGCUCGUUCCGCCUCCGCAUCCGCAACGCGCGUCAGCUCGUCCAAGUCUGCGCCAAUGGCGAGACGGCCAAGGUCGGCCCUGCGCAGGACGAUGUCGCCAUCAUUGAAGACGGCGCCGUCAUUGUCGACAACGAAGGGCGCAUUGCGGCUGUGGGCACGACGGCGUCGGUCGACGCGUGGGUCGCGGCGCAGUCGCAGCCCGUGACGUUCGCCAAGGACUUUGAUGCGACCGGUCUCUGCGUCUUGCCUGGCUUGGUUGAUGGCCACACACACCCCGUCUGGAGCGGCAGCCGCGUCGACGAGUUUGCAAUGAAGCUUGCGGGCGCCACGUACAUGGAAGUCCACGCGAUGGGCGGCGGUAUUGGUCGCACGGUCCGCUGCACAAAGGCGUCGUCCGAGACGGAGCUCAGCGAGCUCUUGAUGAAGCGUCUCGACCGCAUGCUCAAGUGCGGCACGACGCUCGCCGAGGCCAAGAGCGGGUACGGUCUCGAGACCGAGACCGAGAUCAAGAUGCUCAAGGUGCUGCACAAGGCGUCGCAGGCGCACACGAUCGACCUUGUCGCGACGUACCUCGGUGGCCACUCGGUGCCUGAAGGCAUGUCGGCGGCCGAGGCGACCGAAGACAUUGUCCGCAAGCAGAUCCCUGCCAUCAUCGAGGCCAAGAAGGCCGGCCUCGUCAACCCCGAGUUCAUCGACGUGUUUUGUGAGAAGGGUGUGUUCGAGUACGACGACACCAAGACGAUCUUGGAAGCAGGCGCGGCCGCCGGCAUGAAGAUCAACUUUCACGGCGAUGAGCUCAACCCGAUGGACUCUGGGAAGCUCUGCAUGUGCGUCCAGGCGCACGCGGCGUCGCACCUCGAGAUGCUCGACACGGCCAACAUUGCGGCCAUGAAGCAAGCGUCGACGUACGCCGUGCUCCUUCCCACGACCAUGUACAUUCUCAAGCUCCAGAGCCCGCCGGCGCGCGAGCUCAUUGCGCACGGCGUGCCCGUUGCGCUCGGCUCGGACUACAACCCGAACGCCCACUGCCUCUCGAUGCCGCUCACGAUGCACAUGGCGUGCUGCCUCAUGAAGAUGACGAUGAAGGAGGCGCUUGUCGGCGCGACCAUCAACGCCGCGGGCUCGGCCAACCGCGCCUCGACGCACGGCUCGAUCGAAGUCGGCAAGUUUGGCGACCUCGUCGUGCUCGACGCGCCGCAGUGGGAGCACAUCAUCUACGAGAUGGCCGACCCGCCGAUCCAGCACGUCAUCAAGAACGGACACUUUGUCGUCUCGCACAACCAAAAGCUCGCGUAA